AGGAAAUCGGAUCCUCGAUGCUCUGCUGCACGUACCUGGCUGUGUACGAGCCCAGUGGUGGACUUGGUGGUGAAUUCCGAACGCGGCCAAUCGUGUGCGUGGCCUGGAUCUAGGCUGGAAACGAAGACAGAGGAAAUCGGAGGCCGAUUGUGGCUCGGACUUGAGAAUCUUCGAGUUCGGAGAGUGAGCAAUUGCAAAGAUUGACGAGCAUGCGAACGAGAUGUGCGCGGGCUUAAGCGGUCUGGUGCCACGCAAGCUUUCAACUGCUCGCAUGCCACUGCUGUGCCACCUUGGCGCCUGGCGCUUGCGGGCAGUUAUCAGACCACCGAUGUCCGAGAGCGCGAACGGAUUAUGCGCGUCGUCGCGCGAGCCAUGAUAGUCCGUGCCCGCGGCCUCGGCCUCGGAUCGUCUGAUCACUCCCACUGCGCUUCGCUACGCUUUCGAGCCAUGAAUGGCCUCUGCUCCGCCCUGCGCACCUUCCAUCGCUCCUCCCUCUUCGUCCAGAGAUUUUCUUUCCGGAUUUUCCCCCAUCUUCAGCAAAUUCCUUGCACGUCAGAGGAGAUUUGCGCAUUCUGUCCUACAAAGCUUUCCGACGUUUCCUGCCGCCCUCUUCGACACUGCCCGCAGCAGCUGCUGCAGCAGCAGACGAGCUUCUCUUCCGCGCUCCCAUCAUACUGGAUGUCUGGCGUCCAUUCGUCGUCGUGCUCGGGGACUUCUCCUCGGCAUUAG